AUGAUAGUUAAGUGCUGGCUUUCAUCGUUGCCAUGCCGUUGGCAAUCUUUCGUUGCUAACCGUGUAUCUGAGAUACAACAUAUCACCAAAAAGGGAGUUUGGAAUCACAUUGCCGGUGCAGAUAAUCCAGCAGAUAUUAUAUCGCGGGGUUCGACACCCGCUCAGUUGCAAUACCAACCACGUUGGUUUGAAGGUCCACUCUGGAUGCGCCAGCAACAUUCAACCUGGCCAAAGUCAGCGGACGUAAUGUCUCCACCAAACAGUCCACUGUUAGAAGAAAAACCUACCGCAUCGCUUCCUGUUCACACAAAACCUCUGAAUAACUUGUUUUUGCGUAAAUCUUCGUUUCCUGAUCUUGUUCGAAUGGUAGCAUGGAUACGCCGCUUCAUACAUAAUGCGAUGCCUAACAACCGCACUAGAAAACGGUUAAAUUAUUUAUCUUCUGUGGAAUACGACGAAGCAGUGAUAGUUUUGGUUCGAAUUGCACAACAUGAGAGUUUUGCGGAAGAAAUAGCAUCUUUGUCUAAGGGAGAACCUGUAAAGGCAUCAUCCAAAUUAUCAGCACUGAAUCCUCGUCUGGUUAAUGGGAUUAUUCAAGUUGGUGGACGAUUAUCUCAUGCACCAGUGUCCGAAAGUCGUAAACACCCUAUGAUCAUUCACCAUCAACACCCUUUGACGAAGUCUAUUAUGCAGUAUUAUCAUCGCAAGCUAUUCCACGCCGGUCAGCAACUACUCAUAGCUGCCGUUAGAGAGAGGUUUUGGCCAACUCGUAUUCGGGGUCUAGCACGUUGGACAAUUUAUCGAUGUGUUCAAUGUUUUCGUAACAAACCCAAAGUACACGAGCAGUUGAUGGCUGAUUUGCCAUCCGUUCGCGUUACUCCUGCAGCAGUGUUCAGUAAGGUCGGUAUCGAUUUUUGUGGACCGUUUUACAUUCGUUAUCCAGUUCGACGAAGCUUAGUGGUGAAGUCCUUUGUGUGCAUUUUUGUCUGCUUAACAACUAAAGCAGUUCAUUUAGAAGUGGUUUCAGAUCUGUCAACGCAAGCAUUUCUAGCUGCAUUCAAACGUUUUGUAGCAAUCCGUGGAAAACCACGGCUAGUCAUGUGUGAUAAUGCCACAAACUUCGUUGGAGCAAACCGAGAGCUAGAAGAACUACGUAUGCAGCUGUGCAACCAGCAGUUUCAACAUACGAUGAUAAAGUCUUCAGAAGAAGAAGGCAUUGCAUUCAAAUUCAUUCCACCGCGCUCUCCGAAUUUCGGUGGUUUAUGGGAGGCGGCGGUCAAGUCCUUCAAAAAUCACUUCCGCAAGACUAUAGGUGCCAGAACACUAACAUACGACGAACUAAAUACCACAGUUCAGCAAGUUGCUGCCAUUCUCAACUCACGCCCAUUAACACCUAUGAGCAAUGAUCCUUACGAUUACUCUGCAUUGACACCCGGACAUUUCCUGGUUGGAAGGCCGCUGACAGCAGUUCCUGAACCAGAUUUACAAGCAAUUCCCGAGAAUCGUCCAUCACUUUGGCACCGUACACAAAGUUUCGUUCAGCAGCUAUGGCGGAAAUGGAAAACGCAGUACCUAUCGGAUCUUCACAACAGAACGAAAUGGACACGGCAGCGUAACAAUAUUGCUGUUGGCACUAUGGUUCUAAUUAAAGAGGACAACCUACCUCCCCAAAAGUGGCAAUUAGGACGCAUAGCAGAAGUUUUCAUCAGUGCAGAUGACAACAUUCGGGUUGUAUCUGUGCGAACCAAAGAUGGCGUCUACAAAAGGAGCAUAUCUAAGAUUUGCAUCCUUCCUAUCAGGGACAACGACGAGAAGUCCCACUUGAAGGCAAGCUAA